CCCUCGUCUUCAUACUCGCGGUGACGUGUUUGUCGCCGCUCUCGCAGUACAAAAAGAAGGUUCCUGUUAGAUCCAGGCCUCAACCGUUAAACUGAUGAAACUGAGAGUAGGAUUUCCUUCACCGACAUCGGCCCAACUCACGGCGCGUGUGAUAGAAGGAGAGAGAAAUUUCUCUUCUCCCUCGCUCUCCCCACACAUCUUGUCUUGGUUGUCCGUCUGUCGUCUUACAUCGAGGUACCCUCAGGUGGUUGUGGCUAAGGCUGGCUUAGGUUCGUUCGUUCUCAGAUUGGUCGGUGGUUGGUUGGUUUCAGUGGAAUUCUGAUCAUGUCGUAGAAAUCACCAAAUAACAAAAAUGAAGACCGGAACGUGGUAUGUUUGUGGCUUUGUAGUGGCAUUUAUCUAUUUUUAUGUGUAUGCAGUGAACUAUGUGCGGGGUGAGCCCGCCUUGUCGGGUUAUAACCCGGGGGUGCCUCCAUGGCCUACUUCUGGGCAAGAGCCCCGAGCACAAAGCAGGAUUCAGCAAGCCAUUCAUCCCAAGUUGAGUUGGCAAUAUCAUAAUUAUACCUCUAUGACCACGUUUCUACGUCAUGUGAGCACCAUCUAUUCGAAUCUCACGGCUCUCUACUCAAUUGGACAGAGCGUGCAAGGUCGUGAACUUUGGGUGAUGGUCGUUUCGCGAUCACCCUAUGAACACAUGAUUGGGAAACCCAAUGUCAAGUAUGUGGCAAAUAUGCAUGGUAAUGAAGCUGUUGGACGGGAGCUGAUGCUUCACUUUAUCCUGGACUUGGUGCAAAACUACGAAACCGAUUACUACGUCCGAUGGUUGUUGGAUAACACGCGGAUUCAUAUCAUGCCCUCAAUGAACCCUGACGGUUUCGAAGUCGCCUCGGAAGGUACUUGUCAAGGUGGACAGGGUCGUUACAACUCUCGAGGGUUUGAUUUGAACAGGAAUUUCCCCGACUACUUUAAACAGAAUAACAAAAGGUCCCAACCAGAAACUGAGGCGGUGAAGGAAUGGAUCGGCAAAAUCCAGUUCGUGCUCUCAGGGAACAUUCACGGAGGUGCAAUGGUAGCCUCUUAUCCAUUUGACAACACGCCCAAUUCCAUCUUCAGCUCGGUGGUGUCGGCCCCUUCCUUGACCCCGGAUGAUGACGUGUUCAAACAUUUGGCGGCUACCUACUCACUCAACCAUGGUCGCAUGUAUUUGGGGGAGCCAUGCAAGGUGGGUGCUCCCAAAUUUGAGAAUGGUACAACCAACGGGGCUGCUUGGUACCCUCUAACGGGUGCAAUGCAAGAUUACAACUACAUUUGGCAUGGAUGCAUGGAGAUCACUUUGGAGCUCUCGUGUUGCAAAUAUCCCCCAGCAGCAGAAUUGACCAAAUUCUGGGAAGAUAACCGGAUUUCUCUCUUGCAAUUUGUCGGCGAGGCUCACAAGGGAGUCAAGGGAUUCGUCAAAGACGAUUCCGGCAUUUCAAUCGAGGGUGCCUCCAUGAAGGUGAAAGGUCGGGACGUGGGAUUCCAGACCACAAAGGAGGGGGAAUUCUGGAGGAUUCUUCUACCAGGUAUUUACACUAUGGAAGUGUUUGCCGAAGGCUUUCAGCCCAGGGAAGUGCAAUUCGCCGUCAUCGAGCAGAAUCCAACGCUUCUGAACAUAACCUUGUAUGGCGACAAUACCAACCGAGUGGACUUGCAAGUCCAACCUUCCAAUAUUGAUGAGGAAGAACAACCUUUGGAGGAAGAGGAAGAGGAAGACCAAGGGUCGACUAUUUUCGGUCUACCCAAUCCAUUGACGUCGAUUCAAAAUAGUAUGCGAUCGAUUCUAAACAAAAUCCCCGUGUUCGGCUAGAGUCGUUUUGAUUUCGUUAAGUUUCUUGUUCGUUUAUUUAGGGAGUAAAUCUAAAUCCAAUAAAAA